UUUUUUUUUUUAUUUAUUUCCCUUAUUUUUCUUUCUUUUUUUUUUGUUUAUAAUAAAUAUUUAUUUCUUAUAUAAGAUGGAUAAAGACCUUGAUAUGAAUAAAAAGAAUUUUCAAGAAGAAGACUUUGACGAUUGUCUAUCAACGCCAUUUGAUGAUGAUAACUAUAGUAGUGAUGGUGAUUCUGGAUUUAGUAUGAGUCAAGAAGAUGAUGAAGAUGAAUGUAAAGGCCAACGUCAAGAUGAAGCUCUUGGUCGUUCUAUUACAGUUGCUGAUACUACUUCUUCGAUAAAUUUCUUUUCGCGUAUAGCAUCUAUACCUAUUAUUCAAGACAGUUAUAAAGGCGCACAAAAGAUAGCUAAACAGCAUGCUAUAGGCCAAAGGGCACUCAAUUUUGCUGAAGAUAAGCUUCAGACCGUUAUCUCUUCAACACAACCUUAUUUGGAUAAUGAUAAGAGCAAGAAAAUACUUUCGUAUGCGAACACGAUGGGAAAUAAAUCGCUCGAUUUAUUUGAGCGUCAAUUUCCAGGUGUUAUUACAACCCCUACAGAUCAGCUUCUCGUCCAGCCUAUUAGAGGCGCCGUAUCAAGUCUUCAAGAGAAAAAGAAAACAAUCAUUGAUUCUCGUAUUGACUAUAUGGCUGGCGAACUGGAAGCCUUGAUAAAUCAAUAUAUUCCACUUGAUAAUCAUAGCGUACCACCAGAGGAGGAUACAGAUUCUGAAGUCAUUAGUGGUACUGAUCGUCUCAUGAAGGUCAUUCAUGCCAUUUCUAUUCGUGCCGCUAAAAGGAUAUCCUCUGCUAAACGGGAAGAAAGGCAAGUAAGCCAAAUUAUUCAUACUUGGAUACUCACUCAAAUUCAAAUGAUAUCUCAGCAACAACAACAACAACAACAAUGGCCUCUUCUGCAAGCCCAAAUUGAGUCCUUUUUGAAAACAAAGCUUGUUUUCACCUCUACAGUUCAAGCUGUGUAUGAAUUUACUCAAACAGAACUUGAAAAAUUCCGUCAAGAGUUAUAUAAACCAAACAUUGGUCACAUGGAUCGUAUUCGUAAUAUCUUGACCCUAUCUCAAAAUGAUAUAUGGGUACCUUUGUAUCAAAGAUCUUUUUCAAUUUGGAAGAAGAAUGACUCUAUUGAAUCUGUUAUUGGCAAGUGAAUUAUGUAAAUUAACUAAUAUAUUUAGUUAGUUGUAAGUUUAUAAUACGUACAUACAUACAUAAAGCAUUACAAUUUUGGAAUCAAAAAAUAUAUAAAUAUGUAUACUGUUGAUGUAUAACAUUACUAUGUAUUUAUAACUCUACGAUUUACGUUCAAAGACAAAAAAAAAUGUAUACAUAACAUGUAUAUUUAUUUAUUAUUAAUAUUAUU